AUGAGUUUAUCGGUAAGAACAUUAUUUUUAUUAUACGUGCGAAAUAAUAUAGAAUAUUAUAAUAUGUUGUUUUGUUUAUUAUUAUUUAUUUUUUUUUCAUUAGGAAGAAAAUAAUGUAGACGAACCGGAACAAUUUAGAAAAUUGUUUAUCGGUGGACUUAAUUACACCACUACAAAUGAUUCGUUGAAGGAAUUUUUCGAAAAAUGGGGUGACAUAGUUGAUGUAGUUGUCAUGAAAGAUCCUGUCACUAAAAGGUUAUAAUCACAUAAAACUUAACUAUCAUAGCUUUUACUGAAACUUAAUACCAUGUGUUAUUAAACCAUGGUUUAAAUUAUGUUCAUUUUAAACUUCAUAUUUUGUAAAAACUAUCUAUAUUGUUAAUGAUGCACCUACUUAUUGAAUAUAAAAAAUAAUUUUAUUUUACCUAAAUUUGUCCAUAAUAUAUUUCAAGUCUAAAGAUUAUUUUAUUUUAUUCUUUAGAUCCCGAGGUUUUGGUUUUAUUACAUAUUCUAAAGCAUCAAUGGUUGAUGAUGCUAUGAGCAAUAGACCACAUAAAAUUGAUGGCCGUGAAGUAGAAACGAAACGUGCUGUACCCCGUGAUGUAAAUAUUAAAUUCAGUAUAAUGCACCAUUUUAUUUUAUGAUCUUUAUUUAAUAUAUUUUAUUUGUAUAGGACAUAGAUAAGCCUGAUAUAGCAUGGACUGUUAAAAAAAUGUUUAUCUCUGGAAUUAAAGAUCAAACGGAAGAAGAUUUACGAGAAUAUUUCGCACAGUAUGGUAACAUUCUUAACAUACAAAUUGUAACAGACAAAGAAACGGGUCAACGUAAAGGUUUUGGAUUCAUUGAAUUUGAUGAUUCAGAUUCAGUUGAUAAAGCUGUUUGUAUGUAUUAUUAUUUUUUUUUUUUGGACAAGUUAUUAACCUUAUUUAUUUCAGUGAUCAAAACUCACCAUGUUUCUGGAACCAAAUUAGAAGUUAAGAAAGCAGUCAGUAAAGAUAUAACAUCAGCUGCUAGAGGCCGAAGAGGCGGGCGUGGUUCUGGAAGUGGAAGAGGACAGAAUUGGGGAGGGCCUAAUAAUAGUUGGGGAGGUAUGUACAUUACUUUACAAAUGUUUAUUAAUUCAAAUUAUGAUAAGAAAUGAAUAUUGAACACUAAACAAUAUAUAAAUAUAAACCAAAUUUUUAAUUUCAGGUAGUAACUUUGGUGGAAAUGGUGGUUGGGCUCAAGGUGGUCCCCAAGGUUGGAAUAAUGUUUGGGGUAGUCAAGCUCAUCAAGGAGGUUGGGGUAGUGGAGGUAUUUAUAUGUGCAUAAUAAAAUACAUUGUUAUUUUAAAUAAAAUAAAAGAUUAAAAACUUUUGCUAUUUAAAGGAGGUAAUUGGGGAGGUCAUCCAAGUGGAUAUGGAGGAGGACCUAUGCGUGGAAAUUUCGGCAAUAACAGAGCCGCUCCUUAUCACACAGGUCGCAGUAACAAUUUUUGUUUUAAUUCUUCAUUUUAACUAUCUACAAUCAGCAGCAUAUAUAUUAACAUGAUAUAUUGUUGAUUUUAGGAGGAGGUGGUGGCAGUUUCCAUCAAAACCCAAGGGGAAGGUAUUAAAAAGUGAGUAAUUUAUCUUAAAAUAUUAAUAGUAAUUGUUUUUAUAAAUAUUAUUAGCUCGAGUAAAAAUAAUACUGAGGAAUAUUUUUGAUUUUCAUGCAUAAUGAUUUUUUUUCUAUCUUGUUAGGCAGGUUGCUGAAGCGAGGCUGGUAGGAAUCAAUAACCAUCAAAUUUCUCUCCUUCAACUUUUGGGUAUUGAACUAUUCAAAUGA